AUGCUUCAUAAAUUUUGUUUUUACUCAUUAUUAGAUCUAUGCAUAAAGAUCUCAUUAGAUCCUGUAUAUAAGGAAAGCGAUCAAUCAUUAGAAAUCACAAAACAACAAGAUUUACUCCAAGACGUUCUUCUUCCGUAUAUUCAAAAUCAUUCUGUUCAGAGAAUGAUAAUUAAAGGUGAAGAAAUUUCCAAACUCUACAGACUCGACGUUUUUGAUUUAAUUCCAAAAUUUGAAUUUAAUGCAAAAAACAUUACUAAAAUUCCGAAUUAUUGCUUUUCAAAUCUUCUUAACUUAAACACGAUCGUUUUAGGUACUCAUGUCAAAGAAAUUGGAUUUUAUUGUUUUGCAAAUACUAGUUUGAUAUCAAUAAAUACAGAAUCUAUAAUAUCAAUAGGCGAGUGUGCUUUUUACAAGUGUUCAAAACUUGAAAACAUUGAUUUAACUUCCGCACAGUUCAUUGGUGAUUUUGCUUUUUCCGAAUCUGGUCUCACAGAAGUGAAUGUUCCCAAUCUACAUAGUUUGGGUUACCAAUUCUAUAAUUGUUCAAAAUUAACGAAACUUGAAGGUUUUGAUUUAAUACCAGGUACACGCUUUACAGACAAAUUGGACCUUACCUCAAUUACAUCUUUGCAGUUUGAUCUAGUUACAGAUGAUUUUUAUAUGAGAUCAAUUGUUAAUUUGACAGUUACUGGAAAUAUUCAAAUCAAAAACCCUUGCCCAAAUUUAGAAACAAUAAUCCUCACAGAUACACAUCGUGAAUAUUUAAGUGUUAAAAAUCAACCAAAACUCAAAAGUAUCAUUAUCAAUGGCCAAAAUGACCAUAAUCUUUUUCCAAAUAAUCCCUGCUUAGUAACCAUUGAAGGUUCUAAUAUCAUUAAUGUUUUAGAGGAAUAUGCUUUUGCAUCAUGCACAUCUUUAAGACGCAUAGACCUUCCAUUAAUAAAUGUAUUCUGGGAUUAUUGCUUUUUUAAUUGCAUCAAUUUGGAGGAAAUUGGAGGCUUACUAGAACCACGAGAUAGAGAUCAUAAAGUUAUCCUAGGAAAUCAAGUAUUUAAGUAUUGCUGGAAAUUCCAUCAAAUAAAAGAAUAUAAUAGUGAUGUUUUUCAAACAUACGCACCAGGACUCCCAGAAGUCAGUGAGUUUUGUUUUGCUUAUAGUGGACUCACUACGAUAAAAUUUACUAGUUGGUAUUUUUCCGCUGAUUUUGAUAUGGAUUCAAUACAUUUUGGCUUUUCUUUUAUAGGCUGCAAAAAUUUGCAAAGUGUUGAUCUUACAAGUGUUGGAGAUCUAGGAGAGAGUUAUAUGUUUAAAGACUGUGUAAGUCUUACUGAACUAAAAUUAGAGCGUGAAAUAGAUUUCAUUGGUUAUUAUGCAUUUGAAAAUAGUAAAAUAAACGAAUUAAUAAUAGGUAAUAAAUUUCAAAUAAACUAUUAUUAUCCUAUUAAUUUUGGUAAAUAUAACAUAAAUGAAAACGUAAACUUUAACAUAAUAGCUCCCAGUCAAUAUGAUUAUCCAGAUGAACAUUUUUCUGCUUAUGUUACUCCUUUCUGGAAUACAAAAAUAACAAAAAUUACUUUUAGAAAUUAUCUCAAUUCUUUCUCUCUCAAAUAUUUCCCCAAUUCAACAAUUAAUGAAAUUCAUUGUGAUGAUAGCAAUUAUUUUAUAUAUGAAGAUGGUAUUCUUUAUAACAAUGGUAAAACUAAGAUAUUUGCGUUUCUAAAGCAUGGUUCCAAUUCCUUUACAAUUCCAGAAAGCGUUAAUGAAAUACAGCCAUUUGCUUUUGCCUGUAGUUCGUUAACUUCAUUGACAAUUCCAAGUCGAAUAACAGUUGUUGAUGGUAUUUUUGCAUUUUGUCAUGAGUUAAAAGAAGUAACAUUUGAGGGUUUAAUAACAAAACUGGGAGAUGAUACAUUUUCUCAUUGUUAUAAAUUGGAAAAAAUUAACUUUAAUGGAGGAGCAAAUCUCCUCUCCAUCGGCAAAUAUUGUUUCUGUUGCUGUUAUUCAUUAUCUAGUUUCCCUUCUUUCGAAAAUGUCAAUUCAAUUGAUGAAUAUUCAUUCUCCUUUUGUCCUAAAUUAAGCACAUUUAAUUCUCAAGUGAUCACCGAGAUUGGAGCAUUCAGUUUCUGGAAUUCAGGUUUACAAUUAAUAACAGCAAACAACUUGCAAACUAUUAACGAAAAUGCUUUUAACGGAUCAAUGAUAGAAGAGUUCACAUGUCCAAAUGAUUUGGUUUUAAUUAAGAAAUACGCAUUUUCAAAUUGUCGUCGUUUGACUAAAUUUGUAUUCAAUGGCAAGAUAACAGAGAUUAAUAUUCUUACUUUCUUCAACACAUCAUUAGGAAGAAUCAAAAUCCCAAAUAAUAUUGUUUCAAUUAGUUCACAUGCAUUCGUAUGCUCAUUUGACAUCGAAUUUGAAUUUGAAGAAGGUGGACAUCCAAUAUUUGAUGCGAUCAAUAAUUCAUUUUUUGAGAAAGAUUCUGGAAUAUUAUUAUUCACUUAUGGAACGAUAACCGGAGCAUAUCGAAUUCCAGACAAAAUUGAAUAUAUAGAUCCUCGCACGCUUUAUUCAGAAAGGCUUGUAACUUCUGAUGGAAUAGUCAUCAAAAAAGGAGUUUCAGUAUUAAUUAUUCCAAAAUCUUAUAAAGGUCCACACAGAUUCAGUGAUGACAACGCUGAUAUCUCUCAGGAUCUUCAGACACAUUUGAGUUAUUUUUGUUCCGAAUCAGAAAAACUAUUUGAAUUGCGUCAAAAUGGUGUUGAUGUCAUUGAGAAUACGGAGCUUAAUAAAGAUGGUGUUUGCAAUGAUAGUAUUGAUCAAUCCCAAAAAGAAAUCGUUUUUGAAGCUGAAGACGGAAAUUAUCCAAAGGGAGUUAAAUACGCUGAUGAUAUAUAUAUCAAUGACGCAGUUAGUGUAUUUAUCGAGCAACAAAAAGAAUGGGAGUACAGAUAUUAUUUUCCAAUUAACCAAAAGAAGUUAGAUUCCAAAAUAUCUUUUGAUAUCCAUUCAAAUUUAAUUCAAUAUCUAUUUGCUUUAUUAUUCAUACUUACAGUUAUUUUAAUCGCUCUAAUUAUCAUAUUUGUUUCGUAUAUAAAAGAAAAUUAA